GCAUAUAGCCAGAGGUUCCCACACUGUAAGCCAUGAUUUAUUGGCCUGCCACCCGCCAGACCUGCUGUCAUCAUCGUCCCAUGGUUGGUCCAAGAUACAGCGAAGCGUACCGUAUAUAACUUCCCUUUCUGCACGAUCUUCGCGCCAUAUCAACUCCUUCUUUCCUCGCACCCCGGCGAAACAGGAAGGUCUCGUUCGAUGCCGCUCUAAAACCGUCCAUCCACCUUGUUUUACCUUAUGUAGCCCGAUAUCUACCUAUCUAUCUCUCUCGUCGUUAUUUAAUAAUUACCUCUUUCUUAUCUCCCUCGCCAGCAUUAUCUCCGCGUAGGUAACACACACGGCUUCUGUUUUUCUCUUUCUCAAGCAAGGACGGCAGUGUUUAUCGAACGGUACCUUUACUUCAAAGUUGAUUCACUAGCGGUAACGCGGUUAGCCGCGUUUCGUAGAAAUCGCCUCGAAUUAUUCUUUUUAGACUGCUGUUAAUUGCGACCGUGUCUCUCGCCGUGAAGGCUGAUACACUUGUGCGCUUGAUGCAUCCAGCAGGAAUACUUAUGACGUGAAAGUUUUACUUGUGUACUCAAUUACGAAUCAGGUUUCAACGAUUCCGUGCCAUAGGUCGUUACUCUUACCGUUCUCUGUACGUAAUCGCUGCAUGUACGCCAUGCUACAAACAUAAACAAUUACACGCAUAAUCCAAACUUAGAGAAGUGGUCGCCUCAUCUAUCUUACUUGUACUAUUCGAGAAAAUGAAAGAGGCGUUUCGUUUGCGUUCACCGUAAGACCCGAUCCGAACGAACGGUGUAACGUGGUCAUUUUCCAGCGGAGGCACAAUAGGAUUUAGCAGUUUCGAUAAAGUUUCGAUAGACGAUCGUAAUUGAAUGCAGAAGUCCGGCGAAUCGUCCAGCGAAUCGUCUAGUGAAUCACCGCUGCGAAAUCUCUCGUCCCCAUCGAGCGUAAAAGUCAAGGUGCACGAUGGAGAAAAGCAAGAACGCAAGAAAGCGUCGAAGGGGUAAAGCCGCGAACAGCCCCUCGAGGACAACAGUGUUGGCACUUGCUUUUCGUCUCAGUGGACAAAUUGGCGGAGACCUCGGCAACCAUUCGUUCGUCUAAAAUUCCUCGGAAUCAGGGUCACCCACGUAUAUACACGUGCUAGCACAUGUACGGCUAAACGUAACGAGUAUAUAUGGUUUGGUCGCUCGUGGGGGACGAGGCAGGGUUGAGAGUAAGGGAAAGGAGGCAAGGACGAGGAGGGGAAGGAGGGUUCCUUCCAGAAGAUGGGGCAAACACGAAGUCGCCUCGGUAGGAAGCGAAGAGGGGUUAUUUCGUUUCGUCUCAGCGUGGUUUCCCAAGCGGCAGCCUCGCUCGCCGACUGGCAUCGUCUACCGUUCGGCAUACAGUCGAACUCGUUCGCCACUGAACGACGGACGUCGCGGCGUCGUCGUCGCCGCCCUUCUCAUCCCACAUAUUUUCUCAUCGCAGCUCAGGAAAAUCGGUCACCACGAUGCGUCACGCGCAACCACUCGGCUUCUUCCUUCUCGUAUUUGUGUCAGUGUACGCGCGCCGUGCCACCGGUUGCGCUUUCUGCGAAACACUGUCCCAGCAACAGCUACAGCUGCGCCAGCUACAACAGUUGUCGCAGCAACAACCGCACCAGCAACAAGGGUACAAAACGAUCGGUAGCCCGAGGCCUUUCGGUGCCGAGAAACCGACCAGGGUGCAAGAGUUCAACAGGACAGGCGUGCUGCACCCCGAGUACCAGAUACCAGCUACGCUUCGCCCCGGUAACGUAUCUCAGUUCUAUUACCUGAGUCCACGUGAAGGACCACCUCUCACGUUACUCGUUAGCCCAUGUAGCGGGCCGAUAUCAUGGACGGUCAGUUACGUCGAGCCACCGGAGAACAUUGAAGAAACGGAAGGAGCAAAAUUUCAAACCCGGUGGCCAGUGAAGAGUUUGAAACCAGGCUCCCCUCUUUUCACGUACGAGGGUGCAGAGGAUCAGAAUUUUACGAUAUCAAAGACACGCGCUGGUCUUUAUUGGUUCGAAAUUAAAUCCGUGAACCCUCCUGGUGCCAGUUUACAAAAUUUAACACCGAGCACAGUACUGCUGUACGCCACGUCAAGCAGUUUGAGCCAUAUCCCGGAAUUGUAUGCAAACGAAAUGGAAAAUCGUCACCGCUCGUUAAGAUUUCAACAACGAAGAAGCAAACGUCGGCUUACGAUAUCCUGGAAUAAAAGCAACAUAGAUCCCCACCUCUCGCAUUACUGUUUAGCCGUGACAUCAGGGUCUCAGGCUCACCCCUUGACCCUUUGCGCCGCGCAAAAUGUUCUACGCGUUUACCAGCAUUCGACGAAAGGGAGUUCCUCUUCUAAGGAACAGCAACAUCGCGGCAUUCCGGAAGGACUUCAUUGCGUGCGUCAAACAAAAUUGACGCUUCACAGGAUGAAGUACGAUACUACGUACAAUGUUACCUUAUACGUGGUAAAUACGAGAAAUAAUGUGUCAAAUCGAAUAGCGACUGACACGAUCAAAUUUCGGAAGACACCGGAAUUAAGACUACGCACUGGACAUUAUACUACAGCUAAUUUGCGCAAAACCGAUGGAUUCAUCAGCUUCCAUUAUCGUCCUCCGGGAAAUACUUCGAGCACCUUUCAUAUUCUUCCUUGCGGUGGUGGCAUCGUUAGAGCAAAAUUAAGUGGUCCAGGAAUUUUAAGGGAAAAGGAGGUAGUAGGAUAUGCAUCGUUAAGAGUACCACCUUUAACAUCAGGGAAGACGUACACAUUACGGAUAUCCGCUACACCACAGGAAUUAGUACGAGUAUCUGCCAUUAAAGUACUAGCCACCCAACAAUCAUCCGCGAUAUAUCCACAGAUUCCAUCUAAAAGUGCGCCACGGGAGUACAGAUCCUUAAGAACUUGCCACGAAGUGACAGUAGGGGUAGAGUCGGCAGGUUCUGCUAAGUAUUGCAUCCUCGUACGAGAGUUAAAGAGCAGUUCGUCAUUGGCCAGCAUGACAACAAUUCCAGACCAAUGCGGUCUUCAUCGUCGACGACGUUCCGAGUAUACGUUCGAGGUCUGCGAAGAGAAACAGAGUCCAUCGAAAGAUCGAGCGCUUCCGUUUACCCUUAAAAGAUUACAGCCAGGGAAAUCUUAUCUCUUACAAAUUACAGCUCAAUUAAAGGGACAAUCUUUGUCCUAUCCGUUGCUGACUGUACGCACUCGACGUUCUUGUCUACCUUGAUAAUCAUCGAGGAAAAUAGGCAUAGGAACUUUGAUCGCACGAUAUAUUACUCCGUUUAGAACUUUGUAUUUCCUAUUCUUAACUAAUAAAUUCUGAUAUUCUCUUUCUUUCUUAUGAUGAAACGAACGCACAGACAAUCGAUCGAUUACUAGUAAUUAUUUGGAGAUACACUGUGACGAAUUGUAGUAAGUUAAGAUCUUUUGAAUAUAACUUGUAUAGAAUUCUGCUGUUUAGAUGCAAUCUUAUUUAAAA